AUAUCAAAAAAAAAAAAAAAAUUGUCUUAAGUUCCUUGUGGAUUUUUGUUAUUUGCCUACCCGCUUGUGUGUUUGAUGAUGAUGCGCACAAUAUAUUUUUGAUUCAUCAACCAGAAAAGGCUUGACAAGUUUUUUAAACCAAGCUGCGCAAACGCAAUCUCAAUGAAGUGAAAAACCGACGAAAUUUACUUAGCUAGGCUUUUUAAUAGCUAACUGUAGACUUGGGUUUUGACUAGCAGAGGAAAUUUUUGGUGUCCAAGGAAAAGCUCUUAUUCAGAUCCGAACAAGUUUGCAUUUUUGUCAUCUGAUCAGUUUUUGAUCACUAGACUAGAAUCUGGUCUUGGGAUUUAGAUGACUACACCUGCACAGGCUCCUACGAAGCAGGUGCCACUGUCUCCACCAUUGGCAUCCCCACCGCCAUUGUCUCAGCAGCCUCCACCAAUGGCGUUGCCUCCACCACAGCCUUCGUUUCCCGGUGAUAAUGCCACUUCCCCAACUAGAGAGCCCACUCAUGGCAAUCCACCGGAUACCCCAAACACCCCAGCUCAGUCUUCUCCUCCUCCUCCUCCGGUGACUCCAGUAUCAUCACCACCACCAGAACCUUCUCCCCCACCACCUUCACCAACUGGAGCUCCUCCUCCGGCGAUUCUUGUAUCAUCACCUCCACCAGAACCUUCUCCCCCGCCACCUCCACCAACAGAAGCUCCUCCUACUCCUACUACAUCACCCAGCCCGCCAACAAACCCAUCACCACCACCACUUGAGACCUCUCCCCCUCCACGUCCACCACCUGAUCAGUCUCCCAAUUUACCACCCCCAUCACCCUCACAACCCUUGAGACCAUCCGUUCCACCACCGGAAAGCCCUCCUUCACCACCUGCUCCAGACCCUCCAAGAAAUCCACCUCCAACACCUACAUUUGACCCACCAUCACUUCUUCCUCCACGUCGUUCCCCUCCCCCACCAACCUCACUACUUCCUCCUCCACAACAUCCAAAACUUCCUGAGAAACCUCCUCCUCCUCCACCGGGUUCUAAACGUCCUGCUCCUUCACCUCCUUCUCCAAGUGACUCAAAAAGUCCUGUGCAUCCUUCACCUCCUUCUCCAAGUGACUCAAAACGUCCUGUGCAUCCUUCACCUCCUUCUCCACCAGAGGAAACUCUCCCACCUCCCAAGCCAAGUCCAGAUCCCUUACCUUCUAAUUCGACUUCAUCACCAACAUUUCCUCCACCACCCUCAGUUGUAUCCCCGCAUUUAGCUCCUCAAAAAUCUGUGCCAGGUCCUGAUAAUCCAUCUCGAAACAAUCCUACUCCUGUGACAGAUAAUUCCAGCAAUUCUGGUGUUAGUACAGCAGCUGUUGUGGGUGUAAGUAUUGGAGUGGCCCUAGUGCUGCUUAGUCUUAUUGGAGUUAUUGUCUGGUGCUUAAAGAAACGAAAAAAGAGGCUCUCAACCAUUGGUGGUGGCUAUGUUAUGCCAACACCUAUGGAUUCCUCCUCUCCAAGAUCAGAUUCAGGGCUUCUGAAGACGCAGUCAUCCGCACCUCUAGUGGGAAAUCGUUCUAGCAAUCAAACAUAUUUUUCACAAUCAGAGCCUGGUGGUUUUGGUCAAUCGAGGGAACUGUUCUCAUAUGAAGAACUUGUCAUAGCAACAAAUGGAUUCUCAGAUGAAAAUCUAUUGGGUGAAGGUGGAUUUGGUCGUGUGUAUAAAGGAGUCUUACCAGAUGAAAGAGUGGUUGCUGUGAAACAAUUAAAAUUAGGUGGAGGACAAGGUGACCGAGAGUUCAAAGCCGAGGUUGAGACCAUAAGCAGGGUACAUCACCGGAAUUUGCUUUCUAUGGUUGGAUACUGCAUUUCCGAGAACCGGAGAUUGCUUAUAUAUGAUUAUGUCCCUAACAACAACCUUUACUUCCAUCUUCACGCCGCAGGAACUCCGGGUCUAGACUGGGCAAUACGUGUAAAAAUUGCUGCUGGUGCGGCUCGUGGACUAGCUUAUCUCCAUGAAGAUUGUCAUCCUCGUAUCAUACACAGGGACAUUAAAUCAUCCAACAUUCUCUUAGAGGAUAACUUCCACGCUCUGGUUUCUGACUUCGGCCUUGCAAAGCUAGCUCUCGACUGUAACACACAUAUUACAACUCGGGUUAUGGGAACAUUCGGAUACAUGGCUCCUGAAUAUGCAUCAAGUGGAAAAUUAACCGAAAAAUCAGAUGUAUUCUCCUUUGGCGUUGUUCUACUGGAGUUAAUCACUGGACGUAAGCCCGUGGAUACAUCCCAACCUCUGGGAGAUGAGAGCCUUGUUGAAUGGGCUCGUCCUUUGCUUAGUCAUGCCAUUGAAACCGAAGAGUUUACAACUUUAGCAGAUCCCAAGCUAGGUAGAAACUAUGUUGGUGUUGAAAUGUUCAGAAUGAUUGAAGCAGCAGCAGCUUGUAUUCGCCAUUCAGCUGCAAAGAGACCUCAAAUGAGUCAAAUUGUGAGAGCUUUCGACAGUCUAGCUGAGGAAGACCUCACCAAUGGAAUGAGACUAGGCGAAAGCGAAAUCAUCAACUCAGCUCAGCAGUCUGCAGAAAUCAGAUUGUUUAGAAGAAUGGCUUUUGGCAGCCAAAACUACAGUACAGAUUCUUUCACUCGUAAUAGUAAUAUAAGCAAAGAUGAAAACGUGUGAAUAUCAGAAACAAAACCUUUCUUGAUUCAAAUUGGGAUCCUCUGUUUCCUCUCUGCCGAUACAUGUGGAUGAACAUAUUGCAGAGGUUAAGCAUAGUGAUUGUGCCACAAAACA